AUGAAGACUUCCCAAAGUGAGCCUCCAACUGUUACAAUUAGUAGAUUAACUGAACACAAGCGUACUCAUACAGGAGUGAAGCCAUAUCACUGUGAUGUCUGUGGUAAAUCGUUCACUGUAAGUAGUAGAUUAACUCAGCACAAACGUAUUCAUACAGGAGAGAAGCCAUAUCCUUGUGAUACUUGUGGUAGAUUAUUCAGUGAAAGUAGUGCUUUGACUACACACAAACGUCUUCAUUCAGGAGAGAAACCAUAUCAUUGUGAUGUCUGUGGUAAAUCAUUCUCUGACAGUAGCAACUUCACUACACACAAACUUAUUCACACUACAGAGAUGCCAUAUUACUGUGAUGUCUAUGGUAAAUCAUUCCCGAAAAGAUAUUACUUAACUACACACAAACUUAUUCAUACAGGUGAGAGGCCAUAUCACUGUGAUAUCUGUGGUAAAUCAUUCUCUCACAGUAUUCACUUAACUACACACAGACGUAUUCAUGCAGGAGAGAAACCAUAUCAUUGUGAUAUCUGUGGUAAAUCAUUCUCUCAGAGUGGUCACUUAACUAAAUGCAAAUGUAUUCAUGCAGGAGACAAGCCACAUUGCUGUGAUAUCUGUGGUAAAUCAUUCUCUCAGAGUGGUCACUUAACUAAAUGCAAAUGUAUUCAUGCAGGAGACAAGCCACAUUGCUGUGAUAUCUGUGGUAAAUCAUUCUCUCAGAGUGGUCACUUAACUAAAUGCAAAUGUAUUCAUGCAGGAGACAAGCCACAUUGCUGUGAUAUCUGUGGUAAAUCAUUCUCAUGCAGUACUGUCUUGAUUAGACACAAUAUCAGUGUGAUACCUGUGGUAAAUCAUUCUUGCAAAAUAGUGGCUUAAAUGUGCACAAAUGUAUUCACAGAGAGAAACCAUAUCUCUAUGAUAUCUGUGGUAACUCAUUCUCUUGUGCUAGUCACUAAAUUAUGAACAAAUGUAUUCUUAUAGGAGAGAUGUCACAUUAUUGUGAUAUCUAAUUUAACUCAUUCUAGCUGUGAAUGAGAGAUGUCUA